GUUGACGUAAAGAUGAUGAGCCUUCCUCCUUUAUGCCAUUAACGCUUCUCAUUCAGGAGGGAGCCAGGAGGACUACCUGCUGUUAAUACUUUUCUUUUGACAGGAGACAUGGCGUCGAGUAAUAGUUCCGGUGGCAAAUGGGAGGUGGUGAAGAAGGGCAAGAAAAACAGCAGCUCAGUUGCUGCUAAAAACACAACCGUGAAGAAAAUCAACUCCGGGAACAGAAAAGCUCUCGGGGAGUCAAACUACCCAUCUAGACUGCCCGUGAGGAUGUCGGAGACGUUGUUUGAAUCCCUGGAGAAGAUCGGAAAGAAACAGAACAAAGAGCAGGUACCACCACCAGGUGAACCUCCUAACAAGAAGUCCUCUUCAUUGAGUAAACCAGCCAAGAAGUCACCCAGCAGCAGCAGUCCAGCCACAAAGGCAACUCACAAAACACUAGAGGAUGCCUUUAAAGCUUUAGAUAUCAGUGACCUGAAGCAGCAGUUGGCCAACAGUCAGACCCUGUUCCCCAAAAAUCCGUCUGUGUGGUUGAAGGACCUAGCCGGGUACCUCAAUCUCAAAUUGACUGCUCCUGAGACGGAGCCGACCCUCAGCAGCUAUGCUCAUGACUACCCUUACUGUCUUUCUGGAAAGGAGCUUAAGACUGUGAUCAAAGGCCUCAUUGGGCGUUGCAGCGACAUCCUGCCAGAUUUCUUUGACCACUGUGUUUACACCAUGCUUCGCGAGCUGGACAGGCCGUCAGGGGAGCCCUUACAUGGAUACAGGGUUUGCAUCCAAGCGGUCCUGCAAGACAAACCCAAAUUGGCAACCCAGAACAUGCCUGAGUAUUUGGAGUCGCUGCGGUCUGUUCAGACUCAUCCUGUCAAGUGUUUGACCAUCAUGUGGGCUCUGGGGCAAGCUGGAUUUUAUGACUUAAGUCAGGGACUAAGAGUGUGGCUUGGUAUCAUGCUUCCUGUGCUGGGAGUGAAGUCGCUGUCUUCAUAUGCCAUUGCCUAUCUGGAGAGGCUGCUCCUCCUACAUGCAAAUUUGACCAAGGGAUUUGGCAUCAUGGGUCCUAAAGAGUUCUUUCCCUUACUUGAUUUUGCUUAUAUGCCCAAGAAUGCCCUGUCGUCAAGUCUACAGGAGCAGCUGAGGCGCCUGUACCCUCGACUAAAGGCCUUAGCGUUUGGAGCCAAACCUGAGAGCACCUUGCACACGUACUUGCCUUCGUUCUUGUCCAGAGCCACGCCACACUGUCCAGAAGACAUGAAGAAAGAGUUGCUCAGCAGUAUGACAGAGUGUCUGUGUGUAGAUGUACAGAGUUUGGGAGUAUGGAGGCAGCUUUAUACAAAACACUUAGCCCAAUCGAGUCUGCUGCUGAAUCAUUUAUUGAGCUGCUGGAAGACUCUGUCACCAAAGCUGAGGAAGAACCUUCAAGAAACUAUUCAGUCUUUCAAAGUGACCAAUGACGAAAUGAGAGACAAAAACCAAUCUCAGGACCUUCACGAAUGCAAUAACCUGUGUCAGAGUAUCCAAGUAAAGAUGCGGGGACGUGGGUUCCCUUGGUCCAGGCUGCUUAUGGUCCUGCUGGUGUUUGUCGCUGGUUUCAUCGCUCACGACGUCCGAUCUCACGGCUCCUUCAACGACUCAGUCACAGCCAAACAUCUCCAUAGCUCAGGUGUGACGUCUGUGUCUCAGCAGGCUUGGAGUAGAGUCACAGUCUACUCUAAACAGGGCAUCAGUUGGUUGGAGACAAACACUCCUUAUUAUUACUCUGAGGGUGUACGAGUUUUGGGACCAGUGUUUAAACAAGGUCUGGAGAAGACCCAAACUGCAGCUGUCGUCAUCUCUGAGAGAACUACUCAGGGUGUCCUGUGGGUCAAAGAAAACUUGCCACUGCUCAUAGAAUGGGUGAAGACACACACUCCUGACAGUGUAUUCCAGGCGUUGGCUUAUCUGAAGGAGCUGCUUAUCUUCAUCCACCAAAACUACAUCGCGCCCACAUUGGCGUUCCUCUUUGACCUGUUUGAACGAGCGUGGACCAACCUUCAGGACUCAUGCGACUAUUGUUGUCCAGAAGAGGGCAGCGACGACAUUAGCGACUCUCAGUCAGAGGGUCCAACAUCGAGGCAGAGCAGGGAUACGCUAGAAAGCCGCUGCUAAAGAAGCAACAAGACAGAGUAGAAUGUUGUGAAAAGUCGUUCACCCAUUUUGGGUUACUUGGAGUCUGCAGACGAGUGUGUUACGGUGCAGUUUUUGUGUACCUGACAAGUUGAGACUUUUGUCAAUUUGAUGGGACCAUGGCUGAUGGUUUUGUGACUGAAGGACAGUGGACGUCACAAGUCUUCUCAUGGCACAGAUAAGCAUGAACUUUCACCUCAUUUUAUAAAAACACUAGCUUGGUAGAUAAACAAGUUCUGGAUUUAUUUAAAGAUCACAACCUAAAAGACAUUGAGGGAUGAAGAGAGAGUUGUUGACGUUCAAAGUUGUAAAUAAAUUCCAUCCGUUUUUUUAAAAAUUGAG